AUGGUAUCGAUAUCUACACUCUUCAUUUUAAUAUCAAUCGGAUUGGUUUACAGUGUACCUGUUAGGGGAGAAUCUUGCGAGGCUAAAGUAUAUAGUUCACCAGGUGUAUGCGAGAGUCGAUUAUUUAUCUCCAAACCAUGUGAUUCGGCGACGCUCAAUUUAGGUGCGACGGAUUUUAAAACAUGCACUGAUGUUAGGCUUUCAUGGGAUUAUCCGACGAAUAAUUUAACCAUGAUUAUUGAAACACCUUUCACACAACAGCGUCAACCAUAUGCUGUUAAUCUUGACGGUUAUUGGGUAUUUGGUGGUACAACCUAUCGAGUACUAGACGGCAAAGAAAUUGAAUUGAAAUCAGAUGAUAAAGUUUUACCACAAAAAUCGGAUUCCAAUUAUCAAGUUGUAUUUAAAUUACAAUUUCCACCAUCGCUCACUUUAUAUGUCUUGUUUUUUAAUUAUAAUGUUACCAAAGUUUGA